UUUCAACACACUGCAAACGAAGUCAAAUUAUGUGAACAACAAAUGCUGGAUAUGACGCUUGAUAUGAGAGCUUUGCAGGCGGCCAUGACUUGGAGGAGCCUAGGAUGCUCGACGGAGCUCAGGUGUAUGGUAGUAUUGUUACAAACAGCGUGUAGCCUACGACGUGGACCGAUUGGCUUUCAUGAAUCAAACGAUACGCCGUCUACAGCGAUGGUGAAGUGGUAGGCUACUCAUGCCCGGGCUGUACCAAACGCCGAGGGAGAGGGAUUUUCCCCCCAUCGCAGAACAGUUUUUCAGCGUGUCACUGUUGGAACGCAGACCAUAAAUAAUACUUCUAGAAAAAUCUCAUGUUUAACUAGUUCAAGAGAAAUCCAGUUUCUUCUCUGUCUCCUUUCUGGCCGACAGAGAGCUGGCAUUGUCGGUACCCCUAUUUUCUGCUAAUGGAGAAACUAUGUAACCAAAUAGAGGGCAGCGCUCAAGAUAAUAAAUAUUGGAAUGAAAGAAGCGCUUUAUUCCCCAUAUGACAAAAUGUCGGUGGCAUUUUCAUCGGCGCGCCCCAGGAGUAAAGGGGAGGUAACACAGCAAACUAUUCAAAAGAUGCUGGAUGAAAAUCAUCAUUUAAUACAAUGUAUAAUGGAUUACCAAAGCAAAGGCAAAACAGCUGAAUGCACACAGUAUCAGCAGAUCCUGCACAGAAAUCUUGUUUACUUGGCUACAAUAGCAGAUUCGAAUCAGAAUAUGCAGUCACUACUACCUGCGCCUCCCACUUCCAAUAUGUCGCUGGGUCCUGGAGGGAUGAGCCAGAGUGGAGGACAUGGUCUGAGCAACCUCAACGACAACAUGGCACCAGGACUGACCCCCACCUCAAUGAUGCAGAGCCAAAUGAGCAAUGGCCCCAGCCAUGCCCCCAUGCAGCAGCAGUCUGGUCAGGUGCAGUCGGCUAUUCCCUCCACAUCCCUCAGCCUUCCAGCCGGCAGCUACGGUAGCUCGGCCUCAGCCUCUGGCUACAGUCAUGCUGCACCCUCCUCCCAGGGUCCUGUGCCUGGCUAUGGCUCUUCCUCUUCUUCUUCCUCCACAUCCUCAUCCUCCUCUUCCUCUUCCCGCAGCAACCUCAACAUGCAGUCCAACCAAGUCUCCAUGAUGCACCAACAAUCUGCCACUCCACACUACUCCUCAGCCCAGGCUGGGAGCCAACACUAUCAGGGACAGCAGGCCAUGGGCAUGAUGGGCCAGGGCAGUCAANAAUCCUCACUUUUUCCUCAAAAUUACAUCUCGUAUAAGUGGCCAAUUGGUCCAACCAACUGUUUAACCAAUCAUGGUAUCGCCUGUCUUGCAGGAUCUGCACAGCAGUACAUGGGACAAGACGAGUUCUACGGAGAGCAGUAUGGACACACUCAGAGCUCCAGCGAGCCCAUAAACCAACAAUAUUACCCUGAUGGUCACGGGGAGUAUUCAUAUCAACAGUCUUCAUAUGGUGAUCAAGGCUAUGAGAGGUCUUUUGAUGAAUCCUCACAGCACUACUAUGAAGCAGGUAACUCUCAGUACAGUCAACAGCAGGCCCAGUAUCAGCCAGGCUCUGGCCAGCAGCAGCCCUUCAGCCAGCAGCAGUACUCCUCUCAGCAGGGCUACAGUGGACAGCCACAGGGCUACGGGCCUGGUCAGGGUGGAUCCUCGCAGUAUUCUCAGUAUCAGCAAGGUCAAAGCCAACAGUAUGGCUCCUACCGCUCCUCCCAGGGAGGCCCUGGAGCGCAGACGCAGAGGCCCUAUGCCUAUGAACAGGGUCAGUAUGGAAAUUAUCAGCAAUAAGGUGCCACAUGCUUUUCUUGGAACGGGUCAACAGUGAUGUACGGGGAUCAGCUGUGGAUCAGAAGAUCUGGCUGCAUCAGAUCGUUAUCCUCUCUUAAUCAUCGUUAGCUGGGGGAAAUAAUUGUCAGAUGUGAUGCUUUUCUCUUCCGUUUUGCUCAAUACAGAGUUGUAGCUGGUAGUUGAAAGCGUCGCCCUAUUAAAGUCAGGUGCCUGUUGAAUCCAGGUAGUUAAUGUAGACCUUCCAUAUGGAUUAAAUAGGGUAUUAAAAAGAAGCAGUAAAGUCAUUAGAUAAGCCUCAGCAACCUUGCUAUGCCCAUAUUUUUCUUUUCUUUCUUUGCCUUUAUUACUUUAUAGUGUGCCCUUCUUUUAUUACUUUAUUAUUAUUCUUUUUUUGUACUUGGAGCAGGUUUGUAAGACCCUGGCUAUAAAAAGUAAACUGGCCUUGAAGGAAAUGUUCCGUGACAUAUAUCUCAGAAAAGGGCCAGCUCUUGCUUCCCAUUAGAGAUAUAGUUAUAUCUCACAGUAAGGGAUAUGAAUUUAAUGAAGGAGAAAGUGUUGGUUGUUAAACCUGUCUUGAUCAUUUGGGGGUUGUCUGUAUUAGUCAAACUGUGAUGUGUUGCUGUGUGGUCUAACAUUAUGUAUUGUCACUCUCUUCAUAUGUCUUACUGAGGUAAUAGACAAUAGAUAGCUGAUGAUCAAGACUUAAAAGUGUGUCUCAUUGUCCCUGAUAAUCAUACAUCGUGGUAGUAUUUUUGACCUAUAUUUUUAAUGGCAUUGCUCUGCACAGACAUACAGUAUAGUGUUACACUACUCUGAUGCCAUUCAAUAAUGAUUUGACAUAAAAACACAUUGCCACUUUGUCUGCACUUUAUUUUACAGUGACAGUAUAUAUUGUCUGAUAUUUUGUAUUGUAGUGCAAUUCAGGCUGUUUUUAACAAAUGAUCCUCAAAAAGCCAAAGGAACAUGGGAACAGAACAGCAAUGUGUCCUGCACCUCUACUUCAAUAAGUGCAAUACACUCAGUCGGUCACACUGCAGUUAUUAUGGUGAACUCUAGAUCAUUAUUUGUGUUUAAUUAGCAGCAAAGACUGGGGUUGGUUUGUCUUAUGUUUUUAAAUGUUAAGUUGUGGGGUUCAACAGAAAUAUUUAGAAAAAUUAUUUUCUGUAUUUAUGUGACUUAUGAAGACGUCUGUCAUCAACAUUAAGUGUACUAUUUCGUUUUUUUUUUCAAUGAAAACUUUAUUAGCAACAUCUGUAUUAGAUGAAGGAAAUGAUGUUAAAAAUAGGACAAGUGUUAAAGAGGUACAGAAGGUUGAUUUGUAGAUGGUGUCCAGGCACAUAAAGUAUCUAUCUAUCUAUCUAUUUAUUGUUAGACAACACCUCUGGUCAUUUCACUUGUCGGUGUUUAUUACAUUUGAUCAAUUAUAAGGAUUAUUAGCGUGAUUGUGAGGGUCCAGCUUUGCAGUAGCCUAUAUCCUGUAGUAACUCAACUUGCCUCAGAGGGGUAAAACAACACAGCAGUUGCAGUCAUUUUGCAGGGUUAAUCCAGAAUGGGAGAUACUUGGCUGUCAAACAGCUAAAUAAAUAUGUACCACUCAACAGUGACAAUCACAGGCUUCUCUAUACUAUGAUGAAUCUGUCAGUGUUUGAUUUUUCUGUGAAUUGAACAUUUAUGGCAAGUCUUUUCCAGUUAUUUAUACUGUGUUAUCACAGAUGUGGGUGGUACGUCUUUUGUGUGUGUGUGUGUGUGUGUGUGUGUGUGUGUGUGUAUGUUAGAGAGAGUGAAAGAGAGAGAGCUACUAAGCAAGAGGAAGUCAAGUUUGGUGUGUUUAAUCCAAAUAUGAAUGUUACUUACUUAUCUAUUGUAAGAUUGCAUUGCCUGAUAUUUUCUGCUGUCUUUUGUUACUGUUUGUUAUAUAAA